AGGGACUAUCAAACGCUGUGUUCUAUUACAAUGGAAAAGCAUUCGGAUUUGGAGGGAUGGAGUGGCAUAAAAACUUAGACGCUGAGCAAUACGAGAUAAAAACUGACCCUGAAAACAAAUUGAAAUACAUUCAAUUUACUGCUAGAGUUUCCAAAAACAUACAGGGAGGGCUAAAACAUAAAAAUGUAGAAAAUCAAAUUAUUAAACAAUACGAGCAACCGUCCAAUUCUCGGUGUUUAGUAAAACUGUUCUCAUUUUACUUAUCAUUGUUUCCCGGCGUUGGUCCAUUCUGCAGAAAAACUUUGAUUGAAAGUGUCAUUUCUAGUGGUGAAAACAAAGUCCCGCGAUUCAGUGCUGGAAAAAUUCCAACAAACAAAUUAUCUACAAUGUUUAAGAAAUUUUAUGAGGAAGCCGGAAAUUCCUUAGAUGGUCGCAAUAUUACAAAUCACUCCGGGAGGGUAACUCUAUGCACAACACUAUAUAAUAGUGGUUUUAAUGACAAAGCUGUAGCCAGCAGAAGUGGUCAUCGUUCUAAAUCCAUACAAAAAUAUCAAAGGUAACAAUAUCCUAUUCUUAAGGAAAUAAGCAACACUCUUGCUCCUCCUAUGGCAAAGACAGAUGAAAAUCUCUUAAAACGUUCCUCGGAGACAACCCUGGAUUCCGAUACGUCUGUGCUUGACGAUGCAUGUGUAUUUUUGUAUGUGCCGAAAUGUGUCAAAAAAGUUACAAUUCAAAAAGGUGAUACAAAAAUUACUGUGGACAUUUAAAACUAAAAUGUGUAAAUUGUAUUGCAAAUUUAAUAAAAAAUAAAACAAUUGUAUUUGUACUACUUGCAUAUAACUUUGAGGGUGGGGGAUAAACUAUAUAAAGUAACGCCCAUUUACUGCUUCUUGAUAUUGAACGGACCAAUCAAAUACUCUUUAGUAUUUCAGAAAUAGAUUCUUCGCCAUUAAGAAUGAAUUAUUUACGAGAAUCGGAGUCAUUUGAUUGGAUAAAGACUGGGUUAUGUUUUAAGUGGAGUGACAGCAGCUCUUGGGGUCAAUUAUAAUACCAGAUAUCUUCUUAAAGGAUACAUACUAUGUUAAGCAGGAGUGACGCCAAUAAUUAAUAUUCUUUCGAAAUGGAACCAAUGAGGAACAUAUUCCUUGUCCUUGGUUUCUCUGCUCUGCUUGGCAUAUUCAUUUUUGGAGUUCUCGAAACCCUAGAAGAAAGAAGAAUUGUUUUCAUUGCUCCCACAAUCAAGAGAAAUACAGCUAUUAAAACACAGACCACAUUAUCCAAUUUCAAAAACGGUUUUCCGUAUACUAAGACGUGGGUAAUUUUAUGGUAUAACAUUCCGUCUUAUCUAAAUCUCUACGUAAAGUAUUCUAAAAUGAAAAAGUGUGAACAUAUAGGAUCAAACUGUGUUAUAUCAACGGACAACUCUGAUGUCCAUAACAGUAGUGUUGUGAUCUUCACACAUUCGUCACUACCAGGUUCUCCUCCCCUGAAGAAUAAAUCCCAGAUAUGGAUGUUUAAUACUCUGGAAAACAAAGCUUAUACACAUAGGCCAAAUACCGCUUGGAAAAAUCAAUUUGAAUGGAUCAUGUCUUAUCGAAGAGAUGCCGACGUUCAAAGACCGUAUGGUAAAAUCAUAAGACUGGACAAAAGUUUGGAAAGAAAUUAUUCUGAGAUUUUUCGACAAAAGACGAAAUUCGGUGUCUGGAUGUCGGGUCACUGUCCUGUUCCAUCUCGUCGUAAAGAAUACAUUGAACAGUUGCAGAAGUACAUACCAAUUGACACGUUUGGAUCAUGUGGGAAGAAAAAGUGUGGGGUUCGAACCAAUUUGAAGAAUGAUUGUUUAACGAAUCUUGCUAGGGAAUAUAAAUUUUAUUUUUCCUUCGAGAAUAACAUCUGUAAGGAUUACUCUACAGAAAAGGUGUUCAACUUGUAUAAAAAGGAUUUCAACCUUAGCAUCAUACCGGUUGUAAAUGGUCCUCCCCAGGCAAGUGAAUAUUUACCUACGGGAACGUUUUUAAGCACGUUGAAUUAUACUUCUCCAGAGGUGUUGGCAAAAAAGCUUAAAGAAAUUGGAUCAAGUGAAAUAUUAUAUACUAAAUAUCUGAAAGAAAAAGAUAAAUACAAUUCAUUAGAUGAACCUGAGAUUUUUCGAGAAGCGAUAUGUAAUGUUUGUCAGAAACUAGAUAAGAUGGAAGGGGACACAAUUUUGCCAAAAGCGGAUGUGAUGAACAUGUUUAAAAAUGAUUGUUGACAUCAAUUCUCUGUAAAUACCAAAAAUACGUGGCCACGCACUAUCACGAAAUUGAAUUUUAUCUCUCUGACUUAAAAGAAUGUUCUAUAUGAAGACUCUCUGUGGGUAUAUUUUUGACAGUUCAUACUCAGUUUUCAUAGCAACGACAUUGAAACAUUUAACUACUGGCCAAAAUGACAUAAGGAGUGCCAUUAUAUAAAUAACUCGUAUAUUCCCUAAAUACAGUAAGGUUUGAUCAUGACAUUGGUUUAAUUUUAUAAGCAAGUAAUCAAUGUACCUGUAAACAUACACUGAUUUCAGUGAAAUGUACAGAUAACAAUACCAUGGAUUUGUGUUUCAUAGAUUUAGCUUAUAAGAUAGUGAAAAACAGGCACAUUAAAUGAUAUCAAUUUAAUUUUAAGCAGGCAAUUGAAAGCUGGAAUAAACAAUUUCUAAAACGAUAAGACCUUAGUCUAACAGAUACAACCAAAAUUGGCUUGGGUAUAUUCACUGGCUUUCACAAACAACUAUUUGAAGUUAUCGCUUUUCCACAAAAUCCAACCUAAAGUUACUUCCCUUUGUUGACUCUUCUGUAUUGAAGUACGAAAAAGACGUCACAACAACAUGGCAAAAGCAGACGUUGGAAAAACAUAGAUCAAAUGGGGUGGAGAAAGCAUGCCAUUUAUGUUUUAGGGUAUUUAGAGUAAUUUUAAGUCUCUAAUGAAUUGGUGAAUAUGAAAUCCCUUACCAAAAUGAAUUGUUUGCGGGCAAACUGAUUAGUUUACCAGAAAACUUUAGAACUUGUUUGCCGAUCUUUGCCAGUAGUAGCAAUCUUCUGGUAAACCUCCUUUAUUUUGCCAGAA